CUUCGCCCGCCUUUUCCCCCGCUCCUCUGGCAGGAUGAGGCGUGCAGGCCUGGGUGAAGGAGUACCUCCUGGCAACUAUGGGAACUAUGGCUACCCUAAUAGUGGGUAUAGUGCCUGUGAAGAAGAAAAUGAGAGACUCACGGAAAGUCUGAGAAACAAAGUAACUGCUAUAAAAUCUCUUUCCAUUGAAAUAGGCCAUGAAGUUAAACAUCAAAAUAAAUUAUUAGCUGAAAUGGAUUCACAGUUUGAUUCUACAACUGGAUUUCUAGGUAAAACCAUGGGGAAACUGAAGAUUUUAUCCAGAGGGAGCCUGAACAAAGCUGCUGUGUUAUAUGAUGCUGUGGAUGAUCAAACUGAGGUGAUGCGAGUAACUGUGAGUUUGGAAUUUGUUCCAACUUAA